AUGGACUCUACCGAUCCCAAGGCCAAGGUUUUUGUCGGCCAGGAGAGGUGCUACCAACUUAUGGCCGGGAAGAUGAUUGAGCAUGCCUUCAAUGGCUACAGCGCCUGCUUAUUCUGUUACGGUCAGACUGGUACCGGCAAAACCUUCACCAUCAUGGGCAACUCCAAGGUUAAAUCUGAGCAAGGCCUACUGUUGAGGUUUAUGGCAGAUAUGUACCAGCAAGUGGACGAGCUGCUUGUGAAACAAGGCUGUGAAAUUCAGUGCAGCUUGCAGAUUGUCGAGGUGUACAAUGAAAAGGUGAGGGACCUCUUGAACGACAGCAGCCCUCAAAAUCCUGAAGUGCACGUUCAUCCGAAACUUGGCGUUUAUCUUAAGCACGUACUGGACCUGCCCGCCAACUCUCUGGAGUCUUGCCUCACGCUUAUAGACGAAGCCAGAGGGCGACAAAGCUUCGCAGCAACAGCAAUGAAUGCGCAAUCUUCGCGCGGCCAUACUGUCUACAAGCUGAGCUUGGAGAAGCAUGGUGGAAGUGACAACACCGUCUUGACCUCCGAGGUCUAUUUCGUGGAUUUGGCCGGCCGCGAGAACGAGCGCACCACGAAGGUGAAGGGUGACCGUCUUGUUGAGCUAAGCUUCAUCAAUCGGAGCCUUAUGUGGCUCUCCCAGUGCAUCCACGCACUCGGGGGUGCCGCCGAGCCCGCCAAGCGGCGACACUCGGUAGGUGAGGCAGAUCAGCUUGGUCCGAAGGAGAAACGUCGACCAGACAAGAAGGUGAAGGGGGACACCAAACGCAACACUGAUGCGAGCCGCGAUCGCGCCAGUGCGAUCUCAGAAGACUCUGAUGCAACUCCACAUCAAAGAAAGGCAGCAGGCGGAAAAGGGGUCGAUAUGACGAGAUUCCGUAACUCCAAAUUGACGCUGCUGCUUGCCAACGCACUGAAGGGAAACUCCAAAACUUCCGUCAUCUGCACAUUGAGCCCAGCAAGGCAGCAUGUGGACGAAAGUUUGACCACUCUCAACUUUGCGACGAGUCUGAAGCAUGUAAAGGUGGAGGCCAGAGCUGCAACCUUUGUGGACAAAGAUUCGCUCAUCAGCGGUUUGCAAACAGAGGUGCAGGCACUUCGAGACCGCCUGUCGUCUGAAGGUGUUGCUGCUGUCGAGGAGCUGAAAAGUGAGCUUGAGGUGGCGAAUGGAAUGCUCCAGAAGUACCGCGACUCCUGGCAAGAAAAGAUAGAGGAGAACGAGAAGCUGCGAGAGCAGCGAAACUCGGCUCUACGCAAGCUGGGAGUAGCGAGAUUUCGCAUGGCCGCAAGGUCACCAAGGUCUUUGUCUCCGAGGGAAGGGCCAGGGCCAGAGCCAAGUUCGGGGCCGUCCAAAAGCCCUCAAUAUAGCCCUCACUUGCGGCAAGAGGAUUGUCCACAUCUGGCAAGUUAUUCCGAUGAUCCUCAAAUCAAUGGCCGCUUCAUCUUCGCCGUCGCAGAAACGGGUUUCGAGUAUUGCAUGGGCUACAAAUCUGAUUGUGACUUCCUCCUCCCACGCAGAGCUGGAAUCGCCCCCCGGUCUUGUAUUGUGUGGCUGGACGAGGGAGGGCUUUUUAUUCGCCCAGUCUGCGUGGACUCGGUUCCAGUGGCAACGGUGGAGAUCAACCACGUGAAGCUGAGAGAAGAACCGAAGGAGCUCAGACAUGGUGACUUUCUGGUUGUAGGCAGCUCCAUCUGCUUUGUCGUGAAGAGCGGCACCUCACCGCCGGGAGGUAACUUGCAUGAGAAGUUACCUACAUGGUGGGGCCUGGGCUCCCAGGAUCGCGAGCGGAUCAUGCAUCAAAUUCUCCCUGAGCCCCGCCGCGAGCAGCUGCAGGGCGCUUUGCAGUACAUGUCGGCAUUGCAGGGACAGAACCUCGACAGCAGAAGCUUCCAACGCCUGGACAAGUUCCUCAUCUCUGCCAAACGCGCUGCGGCGCUUGUUGUCGAGGCCAAUGCGUUGACGGAUGUCCUCAAACCGCUGUCAAAGCUUAACCUCGAGCUCUCCUCCAUGGCACCAGUGAUGGUGUACGGAUACGGGGAUAACUGUGGUGUCCCAGAUCUGUGUGUUCGUCUGGUUAGGCAGACAGAGAAGCAGGAGGCCGAGCUUUUGUCCAUCUGGACCAUGACACAAUUUGAGGCGAGGCUGCAGAUCAUGAGGGAGAUGCACGAGAAGCGUUUGCACAGACCCGACAGCUUCGCCCUAGAUGCCAGGCUGGAUCCGUGGGCAGACUCCGGCAUGCCAUUAAGGGCACAAGGCACUCCAGAAUGUCGCCCAAGCGCAUCGCCGAACAUUGGCAGAGAAACCUUCAGCCUGCACCAGGAUGCAGAGAGGCUUGUUCUGAAGAUGGACAACCUCCUCGCCCAAAACUCCAGCACACCAGCGCAUGAGCUUAAGGGUGAGGGACAGGAGCUGUCGGAAUCGAAGGCCCCCACUGGACACCCUCCGCCUCCGUGCAAAGCUCGGAGCGACGACAACAUGGAGCAGAAGAUGAGGCAGAGAGCCACAAUGGCAGCACAAUCCCCCGCAGGUGACUCCCCGCCGAAGCAUCGGAGCCGCUCCUUGGGCCUGACGGAGUUGGACAGCUGGGAGAAGGGCGUUCAAGCGACUGACCCGCUCGCAGAUGCUUCCACCAGCUUCUCGUCAUCUGCAGGUCGCGGCUCACCGGCCUUCUUCGCCGAGGCUGACUCCAUUUCUCCAGGUCUGGCUUGGGAACAUCAGUUCGGUGAUACAUCCCCAAGCUUUUCCUCAUCGCCCAGUGGCAUGUAUGCACGUGCCAUGGAGCGCGACCGUCGCCUACGCGCACCACAGACAUGCAGGAUGGGUCCAAAGCCGGGCCUAGGCUUCGGUGUUUUGUCCACCGGCGCGCCGGACUACGUUCCAGGGAACUGCACAGUGCCUGUGCCUGGUCCAAAGUCCUGUUCUUACGGCACUCUUCUCACUCCGAGAACAGAUGAGCUCUGGGGCUGGAGCUCAGUGCCAGUUUCUGCACCAGAUCUGCCCGAGUUGUCCAUGGGCCAGGAAGCAUCUUCCCCGCGGAAUCCAUUCGCGAAUCCCGACGCGUAUGUUCAGCCGCACAAUCGUUGGACAUUGCCAGCUCGGCGUCGACGGCCUGCUGUGCUCACGGUCCAAGGACCGCCUGUUUUUCCAGUCGCGCAAGGUGGGAGCUCCGGCUUCACUUCAACAAAAUAUGCUGGCAGUCAAGUCAGCCAAGUCGUCGAGACCAGCGCUGGUCUCCUGAUGGGUUAG